AUGGCUGAAUCUGCCGUUUCCUGUGAUGCCAGCCCUGAGCUGCCUCACGUGGCCAUCUUCCCGCUCAUGGCGAGAGGCCACACCAUCCCGCUGACCCAACUCGCACACGUCCUCCUCCGCCGGCGCCUCGCCUCCGUGACCUUCUUCACCACCCCAGGCAACGCGGCCUUCGUACGGUCCCUCCUGCCUGCCGGCGCCGACGUCGUCGAGCUCCCGUUCCCAGCCUCGCAGGGCGCGGAGAACGUGGAGGGUGUCGCGUCGGCGUCCGCCUUCGCCGACUUCGCCGAGUCCACGCUGGCGCUGCAACCGCGCUUCGAGGAGGCGCUCGCCUCCAUGCGCCCCGCGGCCAGCCUGCUGAUCGCCGACCCGUUCAUGUAUUGGACCGCAGCGUCGGCCGCCGCGCUCGGCGUCCCCAGGGUGUCGUUCCUGGGCACGUCCGCCUUCGCGCACGUCAUGCGGGAGUCGUUCGUGCGUGACAUGCCGGGUUUCGACGGCACCGGUGACGGUACCUACACGGUGCCGGAGUUCCCCGACGUCAAGUUCUUGCUCGCCGACGUCCCUCCGCCCCCCGUCUCGAUGCUACCCCUUGACGCGAAGAUGGCGAUGGCCGUCGCCGGAAGCCGCGGCGUGAUCAUGAACACCUUCGACGGGCUGGAGGGCCGGUACAUCGAGCGCUGGAACCGGCACAUCGGGCCCAGGGCCUGGCCCAUAGGCCCGCUACGCUUAGCCCGGGAAUGUUACGCCGACGUCGAUGAUGUCGUCGUUAAUGGCACGAAGCCCUCGUGGCUGCAGUGGCUGGACGAGAAGGCAGCCGCCGACCAGUCUGUGCUCUUCGUCGCGCUUGGGACGCUGCUGGCGGUACCAGAGGCGCAGCUCAAGGAGGUGGCGCGUGGGCUGGAGGAGGCGCAGGUGAACUUCCUAUGGGCGCUGCGGUCAGAUGACAGCGUCGGCAGCCUUGGGACAGGAUUCGAGGAGCGAGUCCGAGGGAGGGGCAUGGUGACGAGAGGGUGGGUGAACCAGCAGGCAAUCCUGCAGCACGAAUGUGUUGCAGGAUUUCUAAGCCACUGCGGGUGGAACUCGGUGCUAGAGAGCGUCAGCGCCGGCGUGCCGUUGGCGGCGUGGCCCAUGGAGUUUGACCAGCCGUUCAACGCGAAGCUGGUCGUCGACGAACUAAGGGUCGGCGUCAGCGUGAAGAGAAGUGGUGAAACCGUUAGAGAAGGGCUGGUUAAGAGCGAGGAGAUUUCGAGGGCGGUGCGGGAGAUAAUGCUAGGGGAGGCAAGGGUGCCGGCGGCGAAGAACGCGGCGGUUCUGGCAGGGCAGGCACGGCGUGCCGUUUCCGCUGGUGGCUCGUCAUGGAAAAUGGUGGAGGAGAUGAUCAGUGAGCUGUGUGUGACAGCCGAGCCGACAGCCUGCGCUACCAAGGGACUAGUAGGUGGUGACAAAUCUGUGGCGUGGCGAAAUACGAAGAACCUAGCGGCAGCGGCAGUCGGCAACCUAUUCUGA